CUUCAUCAUCAUGCUGUGACCAGUUGCGCGCAGACACCGGAGCCAAGAAGAGUCCGACCGCCAGCCGGGUUUUUGAUCAGAUGUUUGGAGUUUGCGCCGCAGUGAUGUUCCUGCGCUCUUAACGAGAGGAGAAACACACGGAGAGAGGAAAAAAGAGACGCCGGUUUUGCUGUUGUCGCCUUGUCCUGCUGGACUGACAUCGCAUGGGGACAUGAACAGUGUGGAUCCAGCCUCUAACAAACUGUUGACUUUCAAUCAGCGCUCUGCCUCGGAGGACUUGGGCUGCAGGCGUGGAGACUUCAGCAGGAAACACUAUGGUUCGGUGGAGCUGCUAAUUUCCAGUGACGCAGAUGGGGCCAUUCAGAGGGCAGGACGCUUCAGGGUGGAGAAUGGCUCGUCAGAUGAGGCUUUGGACUACACGCCGGGAACCUGGAGGAGAACCGAUGUCCAUCUGGAGAAUCCAGAGUACCACACCAGAUGGUUCUUUAAAUACUUCCUGGGAAAAGUCCAUCAGAACUAUGUGGGUACAGACGCAGAGAAGAAUCCCUUCUACCUGUCAGUCGUCCUCUCAGACCAGAACAACCAGCGGGUUCCUCAGUACAGAGCCAUCCUCUGGAGAAAGACGGGCACUCUGAAGAUCAGCCUGCCCUACAGCCCGACCAAAACACUAUCAGUCAAGUCCAUCCUAAGUGCAAUGAACAUGGACAGGUUUGAGAAAGGCCCCAGGGAGAUCCUCAACCCGGAGAUUCAGAAGGAUCUGUUGGUGUUGGAGGAACAGGAGGGUUCUGUCAACUUUAAAUUUGGCGUCCUGUUUGCCAAAGACGGACAGCUCACGGAUGACGAGAUGUUUAGCAAUGAGACGGGGAGUGAGAGCUUUGAUAAGUUUCUCACUCUGCUGGGGGAUUCUAUUACGCUGCAGGGAUGGGCAGGUUACCGUGGAGGGCUAGACACCAAGAAUGACACUACAGGAAUUAAGUCCAUCUACACAGUGUAUCAGGGCCACGAGCUCAUGUUCCAUGUGUCUACCAUGUUACCCUACUCGAAAGAGAACAAACAGCAGGUGGAGAGAAAGAGACACAUUGGAAAUGACAUUGUUACCAUAGUAUUCCAGGAAGGGGAUGACGCAUCGUCGUCCUUCAAACCGUCUAUGAUCCGAUCGCACUUCACCCAUAUUUUUGCAUUAGUUAGGUAUAAUUGCCAGAAUGACAGUUACAGGUUGAAGAUAUUCUCAGAGGAGAGUGUUCCGCUGUUUGGACCCCCUCUCCCAUCUCCGCCUGUAUUUACUGAUCACCAAGAAUUCAGGGACUUUUUAUUAGUCAAAUUAAUCAAUGGAGAGAAAGCCACACUGGAGACGCCAACGUUUGCCCAGAAGCGUCAGCGGACCCUUGACAUGUUGAUCCGCUCGCUCUACCAAGAUCUCAUGCCUGACCUGCACAAGGUUCCUUUUUCUCCCCAGAACAUGUUAAACCGGCGGUCCUUCAGCGACGUGCUGCCUGAGUCUCCAAAGUCAGCACGCAAGAAGGAGGAGGCACGGCAGGCCGAGUUUGUCAGAAUAGGGCAGGCACUGAAGCUGAAGACCAUCGUGAGAGGAGAUGCCCCAACCAGCCUUGUUACCACCGGCCUGUGCAGAAAAGAGCCAUGGGAGUCUCAGCUGUUCUGCAGCACAUUCCCCUAUGAGAUCGUGUGUUCUGACUCCUGGGGUCAGUCUCUGCUGGCUGCCACCGACGCUGCAGGGGUCAUGCUGCUGGAUGGCCCUGAUCCAGCUUUGCCCAACGCCGAGCCACAGACUGUGCCCCCAGUGCAGGUGUUUGACAAAACCAUGGUGGUGAAGCAGGUGCACGUUCUCGAGCCUCAGGACCUGCUUAUCACCAGGGCGGACAAAGGGAAGGACGCUCGGCUCUAUGUGUACAGACUCAGCGCACUCAGGAGAGGCCUGGAGGAGAAACUCGUCAGAAGCAAGUGUGACAGCCGGGAGAAUAAACUGGAGAAAACUAAAGGCUGUCAUUUGUACUCAAUCAACACCCACCACGGCUCUGAGCUGAGGAUAGUAGCAGCCAUCAGGAACAAACUCCUCCUCAUCACCAGGAAACAUCCACGUUUCGAAGGCUUCAGCGCCAUCGCAUCGGGAGCAGACUCACCGGUGGAGGAGUUUCAGUACAUACGGGAGAUCUGUCUGUGUGACCCGCCGGUGGUGAUGGCACUUGUGGACGGGCCGACGGGGGAAAAUGACAAUAUGAUCUGCGUGGCCUAUAAACAUCAGUUUGACCUGAUCAAUGAGAGCACUGGAGAUGCCUACCGGCUACAUCAUGUGGACGCCAACAGGGUAAAUUUUGUAGCAGCCAUUGAUGUGUAUGAAGACGGGGAGGCAGGUCUGCUGCUGUGUUACAACUAUAUUUGCUACUAUAAGAAAGUUUGUCCGUUCAACGGCUCCACACCGAUGAUCCAGUCCAACACCUCCGACUUCCACUUCAGCUGGAACCAGAUGCCCAAUGCUAUUGUUUGUGCAUUCCCUUACAUCCUGGCAUUCACAACGGACUCCAUUGAGAUCCGACUGGUGGUCAAUGGCAACCUUGUGUACACAGCAGUGGUCCCAGAGCUACAGUUGGCUGCUUCACGGUCAGACAUCUAUUUUGUUUCGUCGGCUCCGGUGAGCUCAGCCUCCAACUGCAGUUCAAGAGACACCAGCUCCCAGAGUUCCCCGCAGACGCCCACCGGCUACGAGAUGCCCGUGUUCCCUUCGCCACUCGGUGAUGAUUCUAUACGGAUCCCCUAUGGUACCAAGCUUUCCCUGUACAUGUCUAAGGACGCCGAAGGUGAAUCGUCAUGCAAGCACAUAUUCAAGAUCCCUCUGUGUAACUUGGUGGGACGCAGCAUAGAAAGACCACUCAAGUCCCCUCUGGUUAACAAGGUGCUGACGACGCCGGCCCCCACCAUGGUACCCCCGACUCCCCUCAUCUCUGCCACACACUCGCUUUCGCUGUCACGCAUGGAGAUCAAAGAGAUAGCCAGCCGCACACGGAAGGAGCUGCUGGGCUUGACGGAGGAACCAAGUGGGAAGUCAGACAGUGGAACAGUCAAACAGAGGAAAAUGAGCAAGAAGAACACAGAGGAAGACCCCAAAGCACGGCCACUGACGUCAACAAACAGUGACAGGUUAGCCUCAGAGUCUCUUGAAGCAGACCUGGAUGUCCAGCUGCAUUGUUCGUCCAGUUCGGAGCCCGAGCCAGAGAAGGUGGUGCUGCAAGCAGAGAGCCCGCCUCUCGCCAGCGCCUUCGCCCUCUCCACAUCCUUCGAAGAAGAUGUCCUGGACCUAAAGUGAAGACAAUCCCACCGUGCACUUCUCUGCCCGCUCACUCCCGUACUGUCACCGUUAUUUUAUUGUUUUGGUUGGUUUGCUUUUAAUUUGUUGUUUGUUGCAUUCUUUUUUGUUGUUGUUUUUAUCCCUGUAUCUUGGGUCUCCCCAUUUAUCCGACAAGAUGGGUGCAGUGGGAGUGAAAAGACGUGUCUGUGUGCGUGUUUUUCGCGAGCAGUCCCUCAGCCCCUGUGUGUUGGGUGUUUGUGUUGCCCCGCAGCAAAUAACCCAAAGAGGCGGUGAGGUUGUGUACGAUGCCGUGGUUUAUUCAGAGUUCUGCAACAGCCUUGAGAUAAUGUUAACGGUUUGAUCCCAAACCACAAACUGAAUGUAAAUCUGCGCACCAAGGCACGAUAAAAAUCUCUGCGUUCACAAUGCCCUCUGAAGUUGCUAAAGCUUAAAUAUGUGUUGUAUAUUAUGUGAUUAUUUCCGAUCCACUUUCAAAUGUUGUAUGGUAUGCAUAUGUAUGUGUACAUCUGUUUAUACAUAAAAAUGCAUACACAGUGGCAGGUGUGCAUGCCUGUCAUGCCUGUGAUGCAUAUUUAUAGAUAUAUUAUAAAAAAUCCAUUUUAUUCCCAUAUUUAGUAAAAGAUGAUGUUUUAUUCUCUCUGCACAUAUUAGUCCUUGUUCUUCUCCUUAUUCACAGUAUACAGGUAGACAGGGCUGGAGGCAAAGUCUCCCACAAGUGCCAUUUCCCAGCAUCCUCCACUGAACUACACCUCUAACAGCCACCGUAUUCUGGUGUCUGACAGUAGCAGCCAUGAUUGUAGUCCACAUUUGAUUACUAUGGUGACCCCCACAGCUCCAUUAAGUUGGAUAAAUUCACUUACUGGAGGCACCCUCAGAGCCACAUGCACUCAACAUUUUACCCUAUAAGAAUGAGACGUCCUUAAAUCUGCAUGACCUGCCUUUGCUGCAUGUAUUGUGACUUAAAAAAGCUUCUUUGGAAACCACAAGGUCUGCGACAUCAUACCAAACAUAGCAGCAUAAAGCAAACCACAACCUGAGACAACAGAAGAAGUGUGGAUGUUUUACUAGACUGUCAUGUGUGAUGGCCUGAGGGUCAAUAGUAUAGCAAAGGAAUUAAGACAAAACAAUCAAUUUAAGACAAAAAAUAUUUAUAAAAUAAAGUAUAUUGUCAUAAACUGAAAUGAUAAAAGCAGAAUUUUGUCAUAACGUAAAAAGCUAAAACUAACUUGGCUGUGAAGUGUGACAUAUUUUAAAUAUUUGAUCUUUACUCUAAGUGGAAGGAGCAAAAAGGUGAUGAAUUUUAAGUGGUCUUCAAUAUUUAAUCAUUAAUGUAGACAUAAAAAGUAUAUUGUUUACAUUACACAAUAAACCAUUUGAAUGACACACAGAAAACAUACUCUGAAUUUAGAUAGUUGUGCCUUUAAGGAAAUUGCUGUAUUUGCUCAACUAAAAUUAACACCAAGACAUAAGUAAAAUUAAAGAAGAAGAAAAUAACUAUCCAUGAAAACUAACUAAAAGUGAAAAGCAUAAAAAAGGGGAAACACUAUAAAAGAAAUAACCCUAUUAGGCAUUCAGCAGCGAGCACAGAAGCCUUGCUGGUGUCUACUCCGGAUGUCCAGUAAAACUCUGAUUUACAGCUGGGACCCCAGGUGCAAGGCGAAGCCAUGAAUUAUGGGCCAAUUUACGGGACGCUGGUGACACUCCAAUUUUCUUUAAUUCCCAUACCAUCCCAUGUGUUCACUGAUAAACAGGUAUACAUGUCUUGAAGGCCAACACACCUGCACAUAGUUUAAUUUACUGAUCAGUUAACUCGCGGGUAUUAGGUCAGAGCCUGACAGCAGUUAUUUGCAGUCAUAAGCAAACAUUCACUGACUGUUCUAACUUGACAAGGAACACUUUAUUCCCAUUUGUUCUAUUUUGUCCCUGACAUCCUGACUUUCAUUAUUAUUAUGUAAAUUAGAAAUCAGUCCUGUUUCAAACUCUAACAGGGUGAUCUCAAAGGGAUACUCCAGUGAUUUAGUAUUGCAUUUCCAUGAAGUUGUAGGGCUCAGAAGACAUAUGUCUGAAGCCCAAACAGAAAGUUCCCACUAGAACUGCAGAAAAAACUGUGCAACCUUUUUAACAGGCUGAGUAGUAGUCAGUAGUAUCUUCCUCAUUUCUGGCACCAAACUACUUCAACACAGUGCAAAAACUGAAGUUAAACCUUAAAAUGUUCAGCUUAUUUGGUACAACAUAUGUUCCAAAAUAUUAAGUGUAAACCAGGAUUUUCCCCACAUUCAAAUUAAUGGAAGGAGUGCUCACAGAGUGGCUGCCAUCACAAGCAGAGUAGGGUUGAGUUGCUAUCACCAUGGCAACCAUUAAUUGCACGUGUGUCAAGUUUAGUGUAAAGUACGAGCCAGAAAACAGGGUUCGUAAACAGCAGAAAGCUGCAUGGAGCCUAGAGAUACAGUGGAUCACAUUGUCAUCGCAUCUGAAAAAGGGCAAAAAUUAGCGCAUCCACCCAGGUGUCGUAUUAUCGUCACUGUUGAUCUGAGCUGAUCAGAGCUGGAACCAAUGAAUACCCAAGACUACUGCAGAGUCAUUUCUUCCAGGAAUGAAUGCUGAUUGUCUUCCCAUUAAAUACAAAAGCCAGAUGUUAGUGGAUUUUUAGUCCAGUGGGAAAAUCUCUGCAGUGUCACGGGAGCUUUAUUACUGAUAAACACGGGUUUAAAAAACACAUUUUAACAUUUAACCUGCUAUCUCAACUCCUUUUAUUGCUUCCUGCCCACCUUUUGAAUCCCUAGAUGGUGACCAGUCUCACCCAGGAGUCCCUAGCAGUUAACUACAGUUGGUGGGUUCUUAAUGGUCCUGAUGCCCACUAGGGGUCGCCAAAGCUUCAGGGAGAGGUUGUGAGGCCUUCAUGAUUUAAAGAGGUGCUGGAAAAUAUUUAUAUGUGUACAACAGGCCUAUAUCUUAGCAUUUCAUUCAUUUCUGUAGAGUCAACUCAAUGAAAUUUUUAUUUUUAAGGUUUAGAUUACCAUUUAAAAUGUGAAAUUAAAAAAGGUGACAGGAUAAGGGCACAGUUAAGACCUGAACACAUGUUAUAAUCCACAGAGCCUUCUAUAUUUGCUUAACAGCUACAUCCUGCAUGAGAAAAGUACACCAUUAAAACAACCAAAGAGCUAAUAGAACAAUAGCAAAGUGUCAGGGAGAAGGAAAACAAAAAAUAAAAUAAAUCAUAACAUCAUACAGACUGAUAAUUGUAUAGGAAUUUAGUGAAACUUGAAUACACAAAUGUCCUGCAGUUAUUGCAUUCACUGUCUGAGUUAAAUGUACAGAUUAUCAGUUGUUCUGUACUGUUAUGUUUAUGCAUUGAAUAUAAAAUUAAAUAUCCAUUAAGUAUGUCACUUAGUUAGGUCAAUUAAGGGAAAAUUUGGGGAACUACUGCUCUGUCUCACAUAAGGCUUUAAGGCAGUUCAACACAGCUUUUAGUGCUAACAGCAAUAACACAUGGACGCAUAGUCAUAGACACAGACACAUGCACACACACAAACUAAUCUCCUUCCUAGACAUCAGCUGUUUUACCUUUAUUCCAUCUAAGACAACUCCUUCUCCAUACACUUAAGCUUAUAUAAAUCUUUAAACAAUCAUUUCAACACCUUUCAUUGUUGAAACUAUUUGCUGCACCCUUUUCUCAUUCCCUACUAUUACAACUCUUCAAACUCUGUUCAGCUGCUCCUUCAUAAAACGUUAAGCCAGGAAUCCAGUUUAGCUCUCAGCCAUCCAUCAAGCAAUAUAGUUCAGCUUCUGGCUCUCAGAGCAAUGCUGCUCAGCACCCUGACAUAUGUGAAGCAGUAGAACUUAGUGUCAGCUUUUCAGCAGCCGGAGAGCAAACUGCAAUUCCUCCAGAAAUUUAAUUCUUGAGUAUAAACAUACUUCUUCUUUGUAUUAAGCACUGAGGAAGUUACAUCAGUCCUGUGAGUCAGUGUUAGUGUUGAAUCUAAAAUGAAACAGUGAAUAAUUAACACAAAACAGUCAGUUAAACUAAAAAAAAAGGAACCAGUGGUAGGUUGGGUGACAAACUGGGAGCAGUGGUUUUGACUAUGCUAAUGUAGGUAUGAGAGCACCUCGAUGUGGUGGUUUCACAACACAGCAGCUUUCAGAUCUUGCAUGAGCCUCCUCCUCCUCCUCCUCCUCCUCCUCUUCUCCCCUCACGCCCCUCCUCUGUUCUCCUCCCUGCCUGUCUCAGUGUGAACCCCUCCAACACUAUAACAAAACUCAGAAAAACUAAAAAGGGAAGGAGAAGAAGAACGGGAUGGGGGGGAUUUUUUUUUUACAAAGGUACUCUUCUUUCGUGUUUAUUACUCCAAAUGAGUGGGUGACUGGGGAAUGUCUGGCAGUUACAGUUUGUGACACUGCUUCUCCCACUUAUGAUGUUCCUAUUUCUCCUGUAUUUCUGUCAAGUACUCUUUGUUUCUACCUCCCCUUGGCAUUUUCACUGUUUUAGUUUGUUUUUUUUUUUUGUAUUUGAAUCUAUAUUUACUGUUUAGACUGUUGCUGAACCUCUCUGUGAUAUCAAAACGAAAGAAAAUUAACAAAAAAAACACCAAGUGUCUUAAAAUAUUGUAUCGCCAUCGUUUUUAAUGCCAAGUACUACUUGUAAAUGUUUGUGUAUCAAAUGUGGCCUCAAAUGAAACUGAACUAUAUUAUUAUUAUUAUUAAUAAUAUUAUUAUGAUUAUUAUUUGAGCAAUUAUUUUAAACAAGUGCUGUAGACCACUGCUGUGAAAGUAGUCGAUUCUGUUCAUUGAUAUGUAAUAAAUAUUUAUGGAAUUUGAA